GUGAAACAAUUUGAAUCUCAAAAUUUUUGAUUUUUGAUUUUUGUUUUGGUUCAAAAUAACCAUACACUUUGAUAAACAGUCAUUGUUAUUGUGAAAAAAAAACUAACAACAACAACAACGACAACAACAAAACAGGUGAUUGAAAAACAACAAUAAAUAAUUUUCAAUCGAUGAUGUGAAGAAUAUAUAACCGAUGGAUGGAUAAAUGAUCAUUUCAUUGGAAAAAAAUGGACAGCUGCAUUGCUGCUACUACUACUACUACUAAUGUUGCUGAUGAUGGUGAUGAUGAUAAUGAUGGCAUAGAAUCAAAUCAUCAUUCUCAUAAGAUUUUAUUGAUUGAUCAAUCGACUGAAAUGGAUUUGAAUAUUCUACAUCAGAAGCCACCACCACUACCAUCACCGCUACCAUCAUCGACAACCAAUACUAGUCAACAAGCUCUAUCAUCAGAUGGAUUACAUUGGUGUCCCGGUAUGGAUAUCUAUCAUCUAUCUAAUUGUGAUAACAACAACAUUUGUCGAAAUACUUCGUUGAAUGUUGACAGCAUUAGUAAUAAUCAACAUUCACAAAUUUCAUUCACAUUAACAUCAUCCGGUUCGGCUGCUGCUAAUGAAAUACCAGAUAAUAAUAUUGAUGAUGAUUCUAUCCAUCGAAAUCGUCAUCAUCAUAAAAUAAAUCGACCAAAUGAAUCCGCUUCAUCUGCUUCAUCAUCAUCAUCGUCAUCAAAAUUUUUGAUCAAUAAUAAUACUAAUAAUUAUGAUAUACAUCUAGCUCAGAUUGAUAUUGAAACAUUUAAAAGUGAAGAUAUUCGUAAAAUUCCUUUCAAUCAUCAUCAUCAUCAAUCAAUGAUGAAUGUAUCGAACGAUGAUACCCUCAGAAUCGUUGAUUCAAUUAGUUCGUUUACGAAUCAUCUAUUACAACCACCAAUACCAUCGAAUGAUACGGCCCUAUCAAUAGAUAGUCUAGAUAUAAGUAUUGAUAAUGAUGAAAUCAAUUCAGAAUUGAUUCAAAAAUGUGCCGAAAAAAAUGACAAAACUAAAUAUAAAAUUGCCAUGAUUGAUUCACAAAUGCAUGGAUCAAAUAUAUCGACUAAUCCGUUUCAACAAUCACCAUUACCAAUGAUAAUGAAUGAUUCAUCAUUGAAUCUUCAAUCACCAGGUACAUUGGUCAAAAUGUUCAUACAGAAUAAACAAUUGAUAAAUUCCAAUGAAAAUUCCAUGUCAUCAAGUCUAAUGUUUGAUACGAAAAACAUUAACAAUAACAACAACAACAACAACAUAACGAGCAAUAUUGAUGUGCCUAGUAAAUUUGAUAAUAAUUCAUUCAGAUUGAAUAAUAAUGAUUAUAAUAAUGGUGGAAAUGGAAAUUUGAUAGCAAAUGGUUGCUUAGAUAAUAUGGCCAAUACUAGUUUAAAUACAAUCGAUUCGAAUGAAUUACCAUUACAUGUUAUUGAUCUCAGUAAAAAAUUACGAUCAUUAAAUUUAAGUAGUAACAGUAAACAACAACAACAAACAUCUAUGAUGAAUAAUAAUAAUAGCAACAUUCGAUAUAUUGGAUCAACAUCAUCGAAUACAACAUCAUUUGCAUCGACAACGACAACAACUUCUUCAUCGGCAGCUACAAAUGGUGAUGUUUAUAAUAAACUUCGACAACGACAUAAUCAUGAUCAUAGACAACGAAUUGUUACCGCUGCUACUAAUCCGUUUCUUAAUAUAAGUGAAACGGAAACGAAUAGUAGUGGAAAAAAAACCCGAUCAAUGGCUACACAAUUUCCUGAUCUAUUUCAAGAUAAAGAAGUACAGGCAUCAUUUGAUGAUGAUGAUGUUGAUGAUGUUGAUGGAUCGGACGUGAUAAAAGAGGCACCGGUACUUGUUUAUUAUCCCAAUUAUUCAUUACCCGAUCUAAGUUUUCUACAGGAAAUUUUUCAUCCAGAAAAUCAUCCUGUUUAUUUAUCACCUGUCAAACAUGAACCAAUCAAAACAUCAACAGUACCCGAAAUCAGUAGCAAUGUAAAAAUGCGAACACAUACAAAUAUGUCAGCACGACGUAAAUGUCGACCAAAAUCCUAUACUGAUUAUGAAACAUUAUUGAAUCAAGAUCUAAGUCAUAUAAAAGAUUGGGAUUCAUUGAAUUUAUUAUUACCAGAUGAUUUUCGUGAAUUUAUCGAACAAAAUAAUCUACUGAAAUUGAAUCAAAAUUCAUCAUCCGAAACGGAAGAAAAUCAAAGUCAAUGUUAUGAACGACAGUCAGCUAAAAAUAUUCCAAUCAAAAAGAUGAUGAUGCCAAAUAAUCAUCGAUUAUUUCAGAAUGGUAUCCGUAUGCGACCACAUUCUAUGCGUCAAAAUUCUAUGAUGAAUCGUAAUAAACGAUAUUCAUUACAGGAACAUCAAUAUAAUCAUUAUAAUAAUCAUCAGAAUAUGUAUUUCAAUAAUCCAAAUUAUAAUCCGAAUCGAACAACAAACGAACAGCAACCAUAUCCAACGACGAAUAGUAAUGAAUAUGAUAUUAUUAAUUCAUUUAUGACCAGAAGUCAAACAAUGCCUAAUUGUCAAGCGAUGGCAUUCAAUGCACCACCACCACCUUCAAUGAUUCCAGGUUUUUCUGGAGCCUAUUAUCAUAUGCCACAUCAGUUACCACCGUCAUCAUCAAAUGCUGUUCACCAUACACAACAUCAUAGUGGCCGUCAUCCAAUCAACUGUUAUAAUACAUGUUGUUGUCAUUCGGGUUGCCAUUCACCAUCGACAAUGGCCACUUCAUCAUCACAACAAUCAUCAUCAUCACCACAUUCACAACAAAAACCACCACCAAAUCUUAAUUGGGAAUUACUUUCAUCAUCAACAAGCUUUAAGAAAUUGUUAACAUUUCUUUCGAAAUUGGAUGAAUAUUCAUCCACACAUUCCUCAUCGGCCGAUACAGCUACAAUCACUGGCAAUAAUAAUAAUAAUAAUGAAACGAAUGCCUCGGAUGGAAAUCGAAGAAACGAUAAUUUCAAGACGAAAUCACAUUCACAACGAAAUGAUAAUCUAAGACAAACAAUGAAUUCUCAACAACAACAACAACAAAAACAAGCCCAAAUAAAAGAUGACCAACAAAAUUAUCCAAAUUCAUCAGGCAAAAAUAAUCAUCAUCAUCAUCAUAAUAAAAGUUCCAGUUCGAAAAAACAUUCAAAUUCACAUGGUAAUAGAAAAACCACAUCAGCUGCCAAUGUACAGACAAUGAAAAAUUCAUCAUCGAAAAUUAUACUCAAACGGCCAAUGAUCAUAAAUCGACAACAUUCAUCAACAGCUGUAACGUCAUCAUCAUCAUCAUCUGGUAUACCGAUACCAUCAAGACGAAUAUCAUCAAUGAUACCGGUGUUGAAUAAAAAUAGUCCAAAUAAUCAUCAAACAUAUUCCGGUCAGAAUAAUAAUGGAAAAAAUAUGUCUCGAUUCUAG